UCUGCUUUCUUCUGUCCCCCAAGAUUCUCAGUGAUGGCGGCGGCGGCGGCGACUGCGACAACCAUCGACGAGCUCAAGCGAUUGGCAGCCAAGAUUGACACAACGCUGCAGCCUCAGCCGCCAGCCACGACCACUGCAGAAGCCCAGUCAUCACUGCACACCCAAGCACGAGGCCUGGUCGCCUCCAAGCAUGCCGUGAGCAGCGCGUCAUCAUCACCAGCGAACCAAGCAAACCGCACCACACUGGCUGUGCGACCCGCGCAGUCCCAGUCCCAAGCUCAACCUCAACCUCAAGCCCAGUCUCAAGCUCAAGCUCAAGUCGACUAUGUCGUCCUGACUGGCAUCAUUGCACAGCUCGAGAAAACCACAGUCGAUACAGAAACGCUCAGGCAGACGGGCAUCGGGAAGCGUGUCAACGCCAUCCGGAAACACUGCGCCGCACGACUUGAAACACUCUCAAAGGGCGCCAAUCGGCAUGUCAAGCCAGAUCUCGUGUGCCAACAAUUACAAACCCGUGCAGCAAGUCUGGUCGAGCGAUGGCGAAAGGCGGUCGAGCUGGGCGAGGCCGCAACAGCUCCAAACAACCGAGCGGCCGUGCCACCAAGCUCCCAUCAUGCUACUGGCCCUAGCCCGACAACCAAGCGCCCCAAUGAAGCAUCCACAGACACUCCGCCAACUAAAAAGCUGCGCUAUGACGACCCAAACCCCCCGGCCGCUGCUGCAACUCCCUCCGCAUCCCUUCUUCGGAUAGCAGCGCCGCCACCGUCAGCCGCCGCCGAAUCUCCCUUUGCGAACAUCCCAGCAUCGUUAAUGCCAUCGGCACCCGCAAGCAGUCGCACGCCAAGCUUGGCACCGCAUUCAAGCGCAGCCCGCCACGACCCGUUUGCUCGCAGUGGCGGCCGCUCUGAAAGCACCCACCACCACACUGUCACCUCCACCGUCCAUCGGGCGAUACCAUCCCUGACAGCCAUGUGUCAACAUGUCAUUGCAACCCAUCUCGAGCGCUUCACCUCGUUUGGAAACCUGCUUCCACUCGACGCAUUACUUCCUGCAUUGCAACGGUGCACCCCUCGCCAACUCGUUCGCGUCGAACUGAACAAUGUCGAUCUCGUCGGCAGUACCGACGACAUCUGGAAGCGUUUGACAGAGUCCACGUUCCCGGGUGUCGCCCCACAGCCAAACACUUCCUGGCGCGAGACAUUCUUUGCCCAGCAACGGUUCAAUGAUUCCAAGGUUGAUCGCAUCGGAGCGCGUCUUCGGGCAUUGAAAGAGUCGUCUGCAUUGCAACAACAGCAGCAUGCAGUUCAGCAGUUGAAAGCCCCGGCGAACGGUGGGUUUGGAACACGGUCGCCGACGCAACUCUAUUCGAUCACUGCAGCAAUGAAUCAGACCCAUCGACCAGCGACGCAAAGACCCGCCGGCUCCGUUCGCGCCCCAAUGUCUGAUGCCCAGAUCAAGCUGAACAAGACGAAACGGACGAUAGCGCAGGCUGUCAUUCGCGAGCAAGCCUAUACACCCAUGCGAAAAUGAUUUGCUGCUGCUUUUGUGCAACACA